AUGGCCAAGGUCGACCAGAAAGUGGUUUUGAGUAUGCUCUCUUUGUUCCCUUUUUUUUUUUUCCCUACUCCCUCUCUCUGCAAGCCAGGAGCUAACAUGUGUUCAGAGACCCCUGUGAUGUCGGCCUUUGCUGAAUCCCAGUCGAAGUCGGCACAAGGAUACACAGAGCUCGAUGCCUCGUCCCUGGCUGUUGGUCUCCCAGAAGGCCUCAUGGGCAACAGCGAGGUUGGCCAUCUUAACAUUGGUGCUGGCCGUGUUGUCUGGCAAGACAGUGUGCGCAUCGACCAAACUCUGAAGAACGGCAAAUUGAACCAGGUCGAUUCUAUUGCGAAAUCCUUCCAACGCGCCAAAGACGGCAAUGGACGUCUUCAUCUUCUGGGCCUGGUUUCUGAUGGCGGUGUCCACUCGCAGAACAAGCAUUUGUACGGUCUGCUCAAGGUCGCCAAGGAAAUCGGUGUGCCCAAGGUCAUCAUUCACUUCUUCGGCGAUGGCCGGGACACCGAUCCCAAGAGCACUGCGAAAUACCUGCAAGAGCUAUUGGACCAGACCAAGGAAAUUGGUGUUGGUGAGCUAGGUACUAUUGUUGGCCGUUAUUACGCUAUGGACCGGGACAAGCGCUGGGAGCGUGUGGAGGUUGCCAUGAAGGGUGUUGUCACGGGUGAAGGAGAAGACAGCAGUGAUCCUGUCAAGACAGUUGAAGAGCGCUAUGCCAAGGGUGAGACGGAUGAGUUUUUGAAGCCCAUCAUCAUUGGCGGCAAGGAAAACCGCGUUCAAGACGGUGACACACUCUUCUUCUUCAACUACCGAUCUGAUCGUGUCCGCGAAAUCACUCAGUUGCUAGGAGACUAUGACCGUUCUCCACGUCCAGAUUUCCCCUACCCCAAGGACAUCCACAUCACCACCAUGACCCAAUACAAGACGGACUACACAUUCCCAAUCGCUUUCCCCCCACAACACAUGGGCAACGUCCUGGCCGAAUGGCUUGGAAAGCAGGGAGUGAAGCAAAGCCACAUCGCCGAGACCGAGAAGUAUGCUCACGUCACAUUCUUCUUCAACGGAGGUAUCGAGAAGCAGUUCCCCGGUGAAGAACGUGACAUGAUCCCAUCGCCCAGGGUCGCCACCUAUGAUCUCCAGCCCAAGAUGAGCGCUUGGUCUGUUGGAGAGAAGGUUGCAGAGCGUAUCAGUGAGGGCAAAUUCGAGUUUGUUAUGAACAACUUCGCCCCCCCUGACAUGGUAGGACACACCGGUGUCUACGAGGCUGCUAUCCAAGGCGUAGCCGAGACCGACAGGGCUAUCGGUCACAUUUACGAGGCUUGCAAAAAGCACGGAUAUAUUCUCUUCAUCACCGCCGACCACGGAAAUGCUGAAGAGAUGCUUAAUGAGCAAGGCAAGCCUAAGACUUCUCACACAACAAACAAGGUUCCUUUCAUCAUGGCCAAUGCCCCUGAAGGCUGGAGCUUGAAGAAAGAGAAUGGUGUGCUUGGAGACGUUGCGCCAACCCUUCUGGCAGCCAUGGGCAUUGAGCAACCCGAAGAAAUGAGCUGCCAGAGUCUCUUGAUUAAGUCAUAG